ACUCAUUCCCAUAGCUUUCUUCGUCAGUACUCUCCACUUUUCCUUAGCACCUAAGUCUCCUCUCCUCCUCCUUUUCCCCAUCUUCUUCCACAUUCUGCAACAAAACUUCACAGAUCCAAAACGAAAGCCUCUCUCUCUCUCUCUCUCUCUCUCUCUCUCUCUCUCUCUCUCUCUCUUCUUCAAUGACGGAUCCAGAAUUUUACAUAAAACAACCGAGAUUAGGCCAUCUACUCCCUCCAAACCAACCAAAAGCAAGUAAGUUCUACACACAGUUCAUUUAUAAAGCUGUCGUUGUAGCAAUUUUUCUAGUUAUACUUCUUCUUUUCCCCUCACAAGCUCCUGAAUUUAUCAAUCAAUCUCUUCAUUCCAGAAGUUGGGAGCUUGUUCAGCUUCUUUUAGUAGGUAUCGCCGUCUCUUACGGCCUUUUUAGCCGGAGAAACGAUGAAACAGUAAAGGAGCACAGCUCAACAUUCGAUAAUGCUCAAUCGUAUGUGUCUAGAUUGCUUCAGGUUUCAUCUGUUUUCGACGAUGAUUCCGAAUCCCCAUCCGUGUCUGAUGAGAACAAGGUGCAAACGUGGAGUUCUCAGUACUUUAGGGGUGAGCCAGUUGUGGGUGUGGCCCAACAAAAUCCUGUUACUGAUGAGAAACAGAGUGGCUCUGCUUCUAGGGUAGUCGUUGACAAGCCGCUUCUUUUGCCCAUUAGGAGCCUGAAAUCGCGAGUUACGCAACCUGAUUUUUCUGAAACAGCUAACGAAUCAAGUGGAAAAGGGGGUUCCCUUAGUAAGUCUAGUUUGAAUUCAGGUUCGAAGUCUUUUUCUAGCAAUUCAAAUAGAACCAGAAAUGGGGAAGUUGCGGGUUCAAUUCCUCUCGACACAGAUCAGUUGAAAGCAGAGGAAAAUGUUGUCCUUCGCUCUCCAAUUCCGUGGCGAUCGAGAUCGGGGAGAAUGGAAAUGAAAGAAGAAACUGAUGAUGAUGAUGGUGUUCCCCUGUAUUCCCUCCCUCCUUCAAUGGAGGAAUCUGAUUUCAACCGGCUCAGGUCUCAAUCCAAACCGAGUCCCAUGUCGAUUUCUUCAUUGAAAAACACAUUUUCUUCCCAGUCCUCGCCUCCGCCUGCUCCUCCACCGCCACCUCCGCUUUAUGUGCGUAAACCACCGUUAGUUAAAUCGAAUUCCACUCUCUCGAAACCCGAGGAUUUUCCCGCGAGGGAAUUGAAGAGAAGUGCUUGGAGUGUUACGAAGGAAUUGAUCAAUGGUGCUGAAACAGGGGAGAUGCAGAACAGAGCAAAUUCAGGGGCAGAGUCAAGGCCUAGAGUUCCAAGUGAUGGUGGUUCAUUGAUGGGGAAGUCGGUUCAAACCAUUAGACUGGGGAAGCCAAUUCAAGAAGGUUUAACGAAGACAGGUUUCGUGGAUUAUGAGUGGGAAGCGAAGAAGCAAGAAUUUGAGGAAAAUGUGGCGAUGGAAACGGAUGAAGAGUCAGAGAGUGAGGACCAAGAUUUGUUCGAUGGAGGAUCAGAAAAUGACAAUGAAAAUGAAGAAGUCGUUUCCAACAACGUUGGCGAUGUAGGGAAGGAUGUGGACAAGAAGGCGGAUGAGUUCAUUGCGAAAUUUAGAGAGCAGAUUAGGCUGCAGAGGAUUGAGUCAAUCAAGAGAUCAACUGGGCUGAUUGCUAAAAACUCCAAUAGGUAAACUUGGUGGUGUAUUUGAAAAUGAUGUGAAAUUUGCUUUUCUGAGUUUUGAUGUUUGGGAAAAUGACAGUCCAGGAUGUGUUUUGAUAAUUAAUACCCGCCAAGGACAUAUUAAGAAUAUUUGUUAAUGCUGAAAAUGUCCUUAACUGAUAUUAAUUAUCAAAACAUGUCAUUGACCGUCAUUUUUCCUUUAUGUUUCUAAUUCAGUUUUGGAUUAGAACUUGUUGUCUCUUUUAUUUCUUUCUUGUUUUUAUUUUGUAUUCCGGAGGAUAUAUACUGGAGGUGGCAAUUUUAAGGGCAAAGUCUACUUUCACCCCCUUGUGGUUA